CGGCGGCCGAUGGGAGGGACUGAGGGCGCCCUGGCCGCCCGAUUGGUCGUCGGCCCCCCGCCCGGCUUCCCGAGCGGCCCCGGUGGGGUCAGGUCCCUGCGCGAACCGGGGCGCGCCGGGGCGGGGGGCGCGGAGCCCUCAGUCUGCGGCUUGCCUGCGCUGGUCACCCCAGGUUUGCGGGCCCUCUUAAUGACGUGCCCCGGGAGGAGUUGUCAAGGGUCCUGGCCGGCCCCGCGCGGGGCUGGCAGCCGACGAGGGACCAGUCAGAGGGACCAGUCAGCGAGGAGGCAGCCGCCGGCCCCCUAGGGCGCGGAUGUGUGUUCGCCACCGCCCGGGAUGGGGCACAUGGACCAGGCCGUUGGAGACCACAGUUUCCUACCCGCCGCGGCAGAGGCUGGCCCGGGAAGCCGAGAGCAGGCUGCGCGCCUGAAGAAACUACAGGAGCAAGAGAAACAGCAGAAAGUGGAGUUUCGUAAACGGAUGGAGAAAGAGGUGUCAGAUUUCAUCCAAGACAGUGGGCAGAUCAAGAAAAAGUUUCAGCCGAUGAACAAGAUAGAGAGGAGCAUCCUACACGAUGUUGUGGAAGUGGCCGGCCUAACGUCCUUCUCCUUCGGGGAAGAUGAUGAGUGUCGCUAUGUAAUGAUCUUCAAAAAGGAGUUUGCGCCAUCAGACGAGGAGCUGGACUCCUACCGCCGAGGUGAGGAGUGGGACCCCCAGAAGGCUGAGGAAAAACGGAAGCUGAAGGAGCUGGCCCAGCGGCAGGAGGAGGAGGUGGCACAGCAGGGUCCGGUGGUGGUGAGCCCUGCUAGUGACUACAAAGACAAGUACAGCCACCUCAUCGGCAAGGGGGCAGCCAAGGAUGCCGCCCACAUGUUGCAGGCCAACAAGACCUAUGGCUGUGUGCCCGUGGCCAACAAGAGGGAUACGCGCUCCAUCGAAGAGGCCAUGAACGAGAUCCGGGCCAAGAAGCGCCUGCGGCAGAGUGGGGAAGAGUUGCCACCCACAUCCUAGGCACCACGGCCCCCAGGGGCAGGGCGGGGGGUGGGGGGACUGGCUGCUGCUACUAGAACCCAUCCUGGAGCCCCAGCUCCACACCGCCCCGGACAGCCGUGUCUCUGGCUUGGGGGGUCCAGUGUGCGACGUGUCACUGCUGGAGCUUGGACGAGUGUGCGGCAUGUGUGAGUGCAAGUGUGUGAGUGUGCGAGUGUGCAGGUGGGUAUUUAACGUGUAUUAUUCUUUUUCCUUGGACUGUCUUCCCCAUGAAAGGGGGCUGGGAUGACUUCACAUUCAAUAAACACUGUUGGACCUGA